CGCCUGAUAUAAGGAAGUCGAAGGGAAGAAAUUUUCUAUCCAAAAUGUGAUGAUACUGACCGAGGGUUUAGACAGAGACCUUAAUGUUUUCCUACAUUAAAGAAAAAGAAAGAUGAAGGUUGUGAUUUAAUGGACUAGACCCUCCACAUCAUGGACAUAGCAAGCUCCCCGUAUAGAGUAUAUCACUGUUUUAAGUGCCCGGGGGACACAGAAUACCAUUGUGUAUCGUGUCCAUGUGAUCUGUGUCCCCAGUGUAAAGAGAACCAUGUAAAAGAUCUCCAAACAAUAGACCAUGAUGUUGUGUCACACCGUGAUCAAAUCAACUACAUCCCAACACAAGAAAUCUGUGUGAGACAUCCUAGCCAAGUUUAUAUAAAGUACUGUGAACCUUGUCAACUCCCUGUCUGUUUCCACUGCAGGAAGCAUAGAAAUCACAGACAACUAGAUGUUAGAACAGCCUUUAGAACAAAACAACAACAACACAGGGGAACCAUUCACACCAUCAGAAGUGAGGCUCUCUUUUACAUACCUGUUUUCCUGCCACAAAUCAAAGCUGAUUUUAAGACCUGUCGCACAAAAUUCUCCCUCUGUCAAUUAGAGAUGUUAGCAAAGGCUCAGAAACUGAAGGAUCUCAUUGAUAAAGUGCUGUAUGAUCUAUUGAACAAUGUGUUUUGUGACUUUAAUUUCAAACACAGAUGUUUAAAACAGAUGAUAGAAAUGAGCAGACAUAUUGUCAGCAUACAGAGAUAUAUACACAGAUAUGAACAAUCACCAUUCAUAGUCAGUGCACUACAAUUCCUCUCCUCCAUAAAGACAACCCUCCCCCAGAUACAUCUUACACUACACACCAGCCAGCUCUCCAUGACUGAGUCACUCAACAAGGAGGAUGUGAUGGAGUCACUGAGUGUAAUCCAAAUCACAGAGAGAGGAAACCGAUGCGUCGAAAACCAGUGUCUGCUGAAAAUGAUGUCGAGUGCUGAGCUCCAUCAAUCUCUCACAGUGACAGGUGUUGGUCAUUGUGAUCAUAUUACCUAUGUGACAUCAGACCGGAUCUGGGUCAGUGGUUUUGUAAAUGAUUUCAUCUUGACAAACAAAGCAGGUGUCUCUUUACAUCGUGUGGAGGAUUCACGUUGUGGUUCAGGAUUACACACAGUGAACAGUGAGAGUGAACUGAUUUAUAUAAAUAGGACUUAUAACAUCAACAAAUUGUCAAAGGAUUUGAAAACAACCACCACAUUUAUAAAGAGAACAGACUCUACAUGGAUACCACGGUGUGUGCACUGGUCCCCAUCCACUGGAGACCUACUGGUCGCAAUGUAUGGAAAGAAACCAGAGACAGGCAAGGUAGGGAACUAUGAUACAGGGACAGGCAAGGUAACCCGGUACAACCAGAGCGGACAACUGACACAUACCGUUCAAUACGACAACUCAGGACUGGAACUUUAUAAUAAACCUAACUUUAUAACAGAGAACAACAAUGGGGAUGUCGUGGUGUCCAACUAUAUAAAUUAUAAGUCUGGUGCAAUAGUGGUGACAGAGCGUGAAGGAAGACAUCGUUUCUCCUACACAGGACCUCCAUCGGGAUCAUUACAACGGCCACAUGGAAUCUGUACUGACGCGCUGUCACACAUCCUGGUGUGUGAUGGUACAACCCACACAGUACAGAUGAUAGACAGGGACGGUCAGUUCCUGUCACAUCUACUGAUAAGACCAUCAGGAAUAUUCACACCGCGCAGCCUGAGUUAUGAUGUCAACACUCACCGUCUCUGGGUCGGAUCAAUGUCCAACAACACAGUGGUUAUAUACAGGUAUAUCACCAGACAGAACGCUUUGACAGAUCUGAAUCCAACCACUGCUGGUGUAAUGGAGUCACUGAGUGAAAUCCCAACCACAGGGACAGAAAAACCACAGCAAGGAAACCAGUGUCUGCUGAAACUGAUGUCUCCCCCCGAGUUGCUACACUCUCUUACAUUGACAGGUGUUGGUGGUUGUUUUCAUAUUUCUUGCUUGACAUCAGGCCGGAUUUGGAUCAGUGAUAUAAAAAAAAAUCUCAUUUUGACAGACACAACAGGUGUCCCUCUACAUCGUGUGGAGGAUUCAUGUAGUGGUUUAGGAUUGCACACAAUGAAUAGUGAGAGUGAACUGAUUUAUAUAGAUAGGAAUUAUAACAUCAGCAAACUGUCAAAGGAUUUGAAAACAACCUCCACAUUUAUAGAGAGAACAGACUUGUCACGUAUACCAUGGUGUGUGUACUGGUCCCCAUCCACUGGGGAUGUACUGGUUGGGUAUGGUAAUAGAAAGGAACCAGGGACAGGCAAGGUAACCCGGUACAACCAGAGUGGACAACUCACACAUACCGUACAAUAUGACAACACAGGACUGAAACUGUAUAGUAAACCUAACUAUAUAACAGAGAACAACAAUGGGGAUGUCGUGGUGACUGACUUAUGUGCUGUAGUGGUGACAGAGCGUGGAGGAAGACAUCGUUUCUCCUACACAGGACAUCCAUCAGGAUCAGGACUACAGCCAUGUGGAAUCUGUACUGACGCGCUGUCACAAAUCCUGGUGUGUGAUGCAACAACCGACACAGUACAGAUGUUAGACAUGGACGGUCAGUUCCUUUCACAUCUACUGACAAAAUCACAAGAAAAGGGUAAACCGCGCGGCCUGAGUUAUGAUGUCAACACUCACCGUCUCUUGGUUGGAUCAGACAACAAGAAGCUGUGUGUCUACAGGUAUAUCACCAGACAGGACGCUCUGACUGAUGAAAACAAAUCCCGGCCAGAUGAGUAUGCCUUGUUCAGCUUAACACCAGCUGUAGAAUGGAGAUAGUUUGGAUAUUAACAGGUUGUAAAUGAUUCUGUACAAAUGUUUGUCACUUUCUUGAACAUUUGCAGCUGAAAUAUUUACAUGGACAUCAUCCAAACAAGGGCCCAUGUUGCUAUAUUUGGAAUAAAAUGCAACAUUAAUAGUUAAAUGUAAACUUACAAUAACUAAACCAUGUAAAUAAUGAAUAUCACUCAAAGAUCAUCAUAAAUGUAUAUUCAAUAAUUAUUGAAAAUAAUUGGGAGAUGGAUAUUUAUUAAAUGUUAAACUGUUUUUGAUUAUCAUAUUAAAACUGUAUGUUCUCAAUAUUGAUCUGAAUUUAAUUAAUGAAUGUUCUAGAAAUCAUAAUCUUAAAGCUGAACAUAACUCGUAAAGAGGCACUGUCCGUUAAUUUCUCUUUCAUCAUUGAUGUCCCUACAACCCUUGCAGGUGUCACUAUAGUAUUGCAUUGAAGGUUCACGUCAAAAUAUGGCUGAGGCAAAAUAAUUUCCAAUUUUUCCUUUGAAUUUGGAGUGUUUUCGCUCAAGACAGGUGCUGAUCUUUUUAUGAGAUGAAAAACAAUGUGUAAGAGGUCUAACUAUCCCACUUUUGUAAUAAUGCGAGGUCAUUUGCAUUUUUGAUGCGUAUUGUUUCCGGAGGGGGACGAAAAGGCCAGGGCUUAAAUUUCAAGCACAUGUGUAACUUCGAGGUAAAAAGUCUCACGCAUUGCUGGAUGCACAUGUGUAUUUUGAUAGAAAAUUGUAAGUGAGGCUUUGUUUAAAAAGAUGUCAAGAGGAUUUUUUCCAGAAGUUCGUUUUGAAUUUUUAAUCUGAAUGUAAAAUUGUGCAAUAUUGGUAAGAAUAUAUAGUAAUAUUUAAUACUGUAGUGCAACCUACAGUACCGAUCAGACCCAACCUAACAUAAAUUAAACCCCAACUUAACCCUGGGUUUACUUCGGGUUCACUAGAGUGGACCCAGAGUAAACACAGAGUAAACAUAAAGUAAACCCAGUGUAGACACAGAGGGUAAACCAGUUAGAAGUAUUCCCCUUAAAACAGACACUAACUGUGUAUUCGGAAUAAACAAGGGGCAGAAAUUACAGGCAGUAGGAUGGUAAGAUAAAAGACGGGUCACCUACACUUCAGUGCGAACUAUUGAACUCACAAGCAAUAUCCAAGUAAACCCAAAGUAAACCCCGAGUAAACUCGUAGUAAACUCCGAGUGGAGUCAGUGGACCCAAACUUUCAAAAAGUAAACCCAGAGUAAACCCAAAAAGUAAACCCGGGGUUUAGUUGGGGUUUACUUUGCUGUUAGGGUGGGUGUGAUCGGUACUGUAUAUAAGGGACAGACCUCUACAGUAUUUUACUGUAGAGGUCUCACCUUUGUGGACGUACAUCGUGCCUCGCCGUCUUACUCGGUCCGAUGACAUUAUCAAAUUUUACGCACUUUUUUCUAGCCAGGAGAAUACUAACAUCAAAUAAAUUAGUCAAUGCAUCAUUUACAAACAGAAUAUGCACAUAGAAAAA